AUCCCCUUACAGAACAGAUACAGGGAACAGACACGCCUACUCCUAUCAUGGGGUGCAGCCUGAAUAACAGCUCGGCAGCUAAAUAUAUAUCAGAUGAUAUAAAAGAGGAGGCGGCCUUACGUGAUGGGGGUAAACAAUCAUAUUGCAGCAUUAUUCCCCUUAAAGAACAGAUACAAGGGGCAGAUGCACUUACUCCUAUCAUGGAAUCCUGUCCCAGUAAUAGCUUGUUACCUGCUUAUGUGCCAAAUGUUGUUAGAGAGAAACCCCCAUCUAAGAGUGGAGAGCAGGGCUAUUGCAGGGGUAGUACAGAUGGGGAACAGACACAGGGGCCAGAUGUAUGUGCCCAUAGUCACUUACAAAACAACACCUUACCAGCAGUUUCCAAUCAAACAGGGAGCCAUAACUGUUUGCUGAGCAAUUGUAGCAAAGAAGAAGAGAAGGCGUUUGCUUGUUCCCAGUGCAGGGAGAGUUUUGCAGUUCACUCUCAGCUUAUUGCGCAUUCUCAAAGCCACACGGGGGAGAAACUGUUCAUUUGCUCUGAAUGCGGCCAGUGUUAUAAAUCGUACUCGCAGCUCAGCGCGCACCAGAGAACUCACAGGAAAGAGAAGCCAUUUGCUUGCUCCGAAUGCGGGAAACAUUUCAGCCAGCGCUCCGGCCUCAGUGAACACCAGAGAAGUCACGAGGGGGAGAAAUCACAUACUUGCUCGGAAUGUGGCAAAACCUUUGCAGAUUCCACACAGCUCACCCGCCAUAUUAGGACUCACACCGGAGAGAAACCCUUUGCUUGCCCUGAAUGUGGCAAAUGCUACAGACGCCGCACGUCCCUCAUUAUCCAUCAGAGAACUCACAGGGAAGCCAAAGCCCUUUGCUGCUCCGAGUGCGGUGAGUGCUUUAAAUAUCGCUUCCAGCUCACUCACCACAUCAGAGGUCACACAGGGGAGAAACCAUUCACCUGUUCGGAAUGCGGGAAAUGUUUCCCGAACGUCUCCAAACUUAACACACACCAUAAGAGUCACAAAGAGGAGCGGCCGUUUGCUUGUUCCCAGUGCGGGAAAUGUUACAAACAUCACUCGGACCUCACCAACCAUUACAGAAUCCACACAGGGGAGAGACCUUUUAUUUGCUCCGCGUGCGGCAAAAGCUUCACCAGUCGGCAGAUUCUCUCGCAGCACUUUAGGUGUCACACGGGGGAGAGACCCUUCACUUGCUUGGAGUGUGGGAAAAGUUUUACGCGGUGCUCCAGCCUAACGGAGCACAAGAGAAUGCACACAGGGGAGAAGCCGUAUCCUUGCUCGGAAUGUGGCAAGUGUUUCACUAAACGCUCCAGCCUAAAGGAGCAUAAGAGGAUUCACACCGGGGAGAAACCCUAUAUCUGCUCCGAAUGUGGGAAGAGUUUCAUAAAAUGCUCCCGGCUAACUGAACAUUAUAGAAGUCACACUGGAGAGAAGCCGCACACUUGUGAAUCUUCAGAAAACUCUUCUACCUCAGAAAACUCGCUGAAAGAAUUUGAAGCAGGUGUGCAGUCUUUGGGCCUGGAGUGCGGCAGCGGCAGGAUAAAGGAAGAGUCAUAUGACAAGUCACAGCCAAUCAAAGUAAAGCCUGCUUCUGAGGGCGGAUUGGAGGCGGGGCUUCUCAGUCAGGGACUGCGGGGAGUCGGGAGGGAGGAAUCUCGGAGCGGACCGUACGGGCUGGAGAAUCUCACACUGGAGAUUAUCUAUCUGCUGACUGGAGAGGGCUAUGUCAUCCCUAAGAAGAAGAGCCCAACUGUGGGUUUGGGGGCCCUGCAUGCCCCUGGCUCCGUCAUACAGAAGGAAAAUGACAAGAAGAUCCUGGAACUCAUCUCCAACAUCAUCCAGCUGCUGACUGGAGAGGUUGCCAUAAGGUGUGAGGAUGUUUCCAUCUAUUUUUCCUUGGAGGAGUGGGAGUAUAUAAAAGGAAACCAGGCCCUUUACAGGGAAGGGAUAAAGGAGGAGGAGCCCCAGCAGCUCCGCCCACUGGGUGAUGAAAUGUCUCCAGUUGAACAGCCCCGACCAGCAAAUGAUAUUAAAGAAGAAUCAGAUUGCAGCAUUAAUCCCCUUACAGAACAGAUACAGGGAACAGACACACCUACUCCUAUCAUGGGGUGCAGCCUGAAUAACAGCUCGGCAGCUAAUUAUAUAUCAACUAAUAUAAAAGAGGAGGCGGCUUUAUGGGAAGGGGGAAACCAAUCAGAUUGCAGCAUUAAUCCCCUUACAGAACAGAUACAGGGAACAGACACACCUACUCCUAUCAUGGGGUGCAGCCUGACUAACAGCUCGGCAGAGGAUUAUAUAUCAACUGAUAUAAAAGAGGAGGCGGCUUCUUGGGAAUGGGGAAACCAAUCAGAUUGCAGCAUUAAUCCCCUUACAGAACAGAUACAGGGAACAGACACACCUACUACUAUCAUGGGGUGCAGCCUGAAUAACAGCUUGGCAGAUAAUUAUAUAUCAAAUGGAAUAUACUAUGGAGUCAGUGAAGAGAACCUAUUUAUUUGUUCUCAGUGUGGGGAACAGUUUGCAGUUGAAUCACAGCUUAUUGGGCAUUACAGGUGUCACACAGGAGAGAAACUAUUUACUUGUUCUGAAUGUGGCAAAUGUUUUACAAGAAGCUCGAGCCUUAAUGAACAUAGGAAAAUGCAUACGGGGGAGAAACCAUACACAUGCUGUGCAUGUGGGAAAUGUUUCACAAAACGCUCCAGCUUAGUCGAACAUAACAGAAUACACACUGGAGAGAAACCAUAUACCUGCUCUGACUGCGGGAAAUGUUUUACAAAAGGCUCAGGACUAAUUGAACAUAAGAGAAUGCACACGGGAGAGAAACCAUACACAUGCUCUGAAUGUGGCAAAUGUUUUACGAAACGGUUCAGCCUGACUGAACAUAAGAGAAUACAUACAGGAGAGAAACCGUAUACCUGCUCUGAAUGUGGCAAGUGUUUUGCAAAAUGCUCAAGGCUAACUGAACACAAGAGAAUGCAUGCAGGAGAGAACCCAAAUAGUACUGAAUGUGAGAAAGGCUGUACAGAGUCUACAAAUCUUAGUUGCAGCAGCCACGCAGGAAACAAUCUGUCUACUUGUGGUGAGGGAAAAUGUUAUAAAAGUAGCGCAUCUCUUGUUCUUCACCAAAGAACUCACACAGGGGCAAAACCCUUUGCUUGCUCACAGUGUGGGAAAUGUUUUAAAUAUCACUUGCAGCUCACUCACCACGCUAAGAGCCACUCAUUGGAGAAACCAUUUAGCUGUGAUGAAUGUGGGAAAUGCUUUCCAAGUAGCAAAAGCCUGAAAAUACAUCAUAAAAGCCACAGAGAAGAGCGGCCAUUUUCUUGCUCUCAAUGUGGGAAAUGUUAUAAACAUCAGUCGGACCUCACUAAUCAUAACAGAAUUCACACCGGAGAAAGACCCUUUGUUUGUUCAAAAUGUGGCAAAAGCUUUACCACUCGCCAAAUCCUAACCCAACAUUUCAGACGUCACACGGGGGAGAAACCAUUUACCUGUUCCGAAUGUGGGAAAGGCUUUACAACUCUGUCAUACCUUAAUGUACAUCAACGACUUCACACAGGGGAGAAACCAUUUACUUGCGCUGAGUGUGGGAAAUGUUUUCCAAACAGCACAAACCUGAAAAUACAUCAUAAAAGCCACAGAGAAGAGCGACCGUAUUCUUGCUCCGAAUGUGGCAAGUGUUAUAAACAUCACUCGGACCUUACCAACCAUUUAAGAAUUCACACAGGAGAAAGGCCGUUUGUUUGCUCGAAAUGUGGCAAAAGCUUUACCACUCGUCAGAUUCUCACCCAACAUUUUAGACGUCACACGGGAGAGAAACCAUUCACCUGUUCUGAAUGCGGGAAAGGAUUUACGACUCUGGCGUACCUUAAUGUACAUCACAGAAGCCACACUGGGGAGAAACCAUAUGCUUGUUCCGAGUGUGGGAAAUGUUUUGCAAAACGCACUGAAUUGACCGACCAUAGCAAAGUCCAUCUUUAAAGGAGACAUAUUGGAUAAAUGGGAAAAAAGGUAAUUUUGUAGGCAAUUAUGAAUAGUAUACGGUGCUGG